GUUUUGAUAGCGUAUAGGAAAGCCCCGCUGCAGAGUAUAAAUUUGGACUUCAGAGUCGUGAGACGUAGUGAGACGAGAGACUGUGGACGUGCAAGUAGUGUCUUGGAGUGGAUUAUAUUUUUCCCUUACCAAUUGGAAAUAUCAUUGCUCGCUAACGGACAAGUUAUGCCUGUAUCCAGAAUGCGCAUGCGACCCUGGCUGGAGUGCAAGAUCGAAUCCAGGUCUAUCGAUGGUUUGGAGUGGGUGGAUAAGGACAAGAUGAUCUUUUCCAUUCCCUGGAAGCAUGCAGCUCGCCAUGGCUGGUGUCAGGACAAGGAUGCCAGUCUUUUCAAGGAGUGGGCCAUCCACACCGGUAAAUACAAACCGGGUGUGACUCAAGCAGACCCUAAAACAUGGAAGGCGAAUUUCCGCUGUGCCAUGAACUCCCUGCCUGACAUCGAGGAGGUGAAAGAUAAAAGCAUCAACAAGGGAUGUGGAGCUGUGCGAGUCUACCGAAUGCUGCCGGAAGUGCACAAAAAGAAAGACAAGAGGUCAAGAUCAAGGGACGGAAAGAGAAAGAUUAAGGUCAAGGGGGAGUUCAGGGAUAUGUGUGAUGAAGAACCUCCCAGGGCUUCUUUCAGUAUAAGGAUAAUUCAGGAUAAUUCUCUGACCCAGGAUAGCAUAGUGGACAGCACUAUGCAGGAUAUAGAUAUUCCUACAAAACCAUACAUAGAUGGACUCGAAGUACCUGACACAACAGACUGGGUUUCAGCCUUCCAGGUUUCUCCAGAUCACUCAAUAGGUUAUGAUGAUGAUCUCAAUCUCAUUGGGAUCUCACAACAACUGGAGCGUGACCAACCUCAGUGGUAUGCUAACGAUAUUGAUGGGAGGGGUUUCCUGAGCAAUGAACUAGGCACAAGCACACAGACAGAAUCAUAUCACAGUCCUCAGAGCCAGUGGAGUGAUUCAUCAGAGGAAAUUGAACUCCAGCUCGUCACAGAACUAGUGUCUCAACAUGCAAUGGAAGAACAGCCCAUUUAUGGGGAAAUGUGGACAUACAACGUAGGGAACACAAUGCCACAGCUGGUCUGCUAGCUUUGGCUUCCGACUCCGCACUAAACUACUGUAUAUAGUACUCCCAUGAGUCCUCACAUGCCCGUGUGUACCUGCCUACCUCAGGUAUGGCUACACUACAGAGACUCUAGCAAAUGGACUUACACAAACGAACCAGUGAUGAAGCAGUUCUGUGGUUCACAGACUACACACACACACAACACACACACACAACUGAUCAUGUAAGGGGGAUGUGUGUGGAUGUUUUCUCAUCGAUCAAGGAAGUUGUCAUAUUCAUCUGUAUAUACAUUUUGUUACUCUAUACUUACUAUAAGUUUGGUGUUAACAGAUCUGACAAAUUAAGUAACUGAAUUGGAACGAUAUGUCAAAUUUAAUUCCAAAAUUUUCUACUGUGAACUUUGUCCGUUACUAUUACCUAUGACCUUCUUUCAGGUAACAACAAUAUUUGUACCAUUUAUAAAGUUUCUGGGUGUGAGAUAUGUGAAUUGUAAAUAUGUUAAUGUUCUAUUUUUACAAAAUAAAGUAUAAAAUCUCUGUAAAA